AAUUAGGACAAAUUACCUCGCAAUGGCAUCUGAAAACACACCCGAGAGUGAUUUGGGGAGCAUCGAGUGUUUUCAAAACUAUACUGCCUCUGAAGUAUUCAUUCAGGGGCUGGCAGGUAUUGUUGACCAACAAGAUGUAGAGGCAAUGGUUCGAGCUCAAAAACAAAUGCUACAACGAUUCGAAAAGACUAAUGAAAUGCUCACAAACUGUAACGCACUUUCAGUGAAUCGUUUGGCUUCAGCUGGGACUGAAUUUAAGAAACAUACUCAGCUCCUUGUUGACAUGAAGAAAGAUUUAGACCAAAUAUUUCGAAGGAUUAACAGCCUCAAGGCAAGGCUAUCAAAUCAGUAUCCUCAGGCAUUCGCUGCCGUCCCAAAACCUGUAUCUACUCUCUUGGAUGAGGAGGGUGAAGACUUGGAAGAUCCAGAGGGUUCCCUGGAUGGUAAUCGCACUCCAGUAGCACAAAUAGCUAUGCCAUUAGUAGAAGGGGCUGGUCCUGUGACAGUAGGAACUGAAGAUUCAAACGACGAGAAAGAAGAAGAGCGAGAAAGAGAAAGACAGUUAAGAAGGGGAGGUACUUUGAAGUCAAAUCGGAGCUCUUCAACAGAUAGUAACAAUGAAGACAAUUCAUCUCAAUGUUCUUCUGAUACUGGGUAGUCUUGAUGUUUAGGGGCCCCCGUGGAUUGUUAGUAUGGGGGGAUUCUGUAAACUGUGAUACUUUAUCUUAGCUACUUAUAUUUUAAAAUCUGCUUGAUUUUAGAUCAAAGCAAAACUUAAUUUAACUGUUUCUUUUGCAAGUACGUUAUUGAUUAUCUCAUUUGAGUAAGCUUAAGACCCCAAAUAAAUGCACAUUUGAAAGGAA